AUGGUGCUGACCGAUGGAGCGUACAUGAACACGCACUAUAACAAGUAUGGCAAUGCCAAUGGCUGGAAAUAUUGCUGUAAGGUCUUUGACUUACUCACAAUUGCAGCGAUCAUUGACGAGGAGGUGCUCUGCGUGCAUGGUGGCUUGAGUCCUGAGAUUAUAACAUUGGAUCAAAUACGCACAAUCGAACGUAAUGGUGAAAUUCCCUAUAAGGGUGCAUUCUGUGAUCUGGUCUGGUCCGACCCGGAGGAUAUGGAGUACUGGGGACAGAGUCCACGCGGCGCCGGCUGGCUGUUCGGCCACAAUGUGACAAAAGACUUUAUGACCAUAAAUAAUCUGGAUUUAAUUUGUCGCGCACAUCAGCUGGUCAACGAGGGCAUCAAGUACAUGUUCGAGGGCAAGCUGGUGACUGUGUGGUCAGCGCCCAACUAUUGCUAUCGCUGCGGCAAUGUGGCGGCCAUACUUAGCUUUGAGUCGGCCAAACAGCGUCAGACUAAAAUAUUCCUAGCCGUGCCGGAUUCCGAGCGCGUCAUACCCAAGCAGAAUACAACGCCUUAUUUCCUAUAAAAAAUGCUUCGCGACGCACAGACAAUUGCUUUAAAAACGAAUGCCACCAAAAAAUAUCACAACAAGAGAAGAAAGUAUAACUAUGCGCAACUGCUGAAGUAUUCAAAGAGUCGAACCGAUGUUGAUGUAAACUGGACAAAAUCAAUAUAUCAUCCAUAUAGCACAUGCAUACUUAUUAUAAUAUACAUAUGUAUAUGCAUACCUUAAACAAGUUAAAAAGUUGCACUUAGUAGCGUAUUCGUUAGUUAGUUUAAAAUACAUAUAC